GCACUGGGAGGAAGGGGGGGGCGCGCUGGCUCCAGCUCGGCUCAGACAAAAGGCGGCGGCGGGAGCGGGCGGGAGGCGGAGCGGCGCCGCGAGGGCCUCAAGGUGACACCCGCCCCCGGCCCCGGCCCCCCCAGCCCGGCCCCUCCAGCCCGCCCUCCCACCCACCCCCCCACCUCCGCCCCCUCCGUGCCCUUCCUAGGCCCCCUCCCCCCGGCGGGGGGUGGGGAGCAGAGGGCCCCGCCCCUCGCGCCCCCUCCUCAGGGCCAGCGCAGGAUGCCCCCGGCCCCCCGCAGCCCCCCGGGAGGUCCUGAGCUCGACGCGCCCCCUCUACGCCAUGUCCCCCCCUGGCUCGGCCGCGGGAGAGAGCGCCGGCGGCGGCGGCGGCGGCGGCGGCUCCGGGGUCCCGGAGGAGCCCAUGGCAGCGGCGGACGAGGGCCCCGCCCGAGAGGAGCAGCGACCCGUCCAGCCCUCUUUCACCAAAUCUCUCUGCCGUGAGUCCCACUGGAAGUGCCUCCUGCUCUCGCUGCUCAUGUAUGGCUGCCUGGGGGCAGUGGCUUGGUGCCAUGUCACCACGGUGACCCGCCUCACCUUCAGCAGCGCCUACCAGGGCAACAGCCUCAUGUACCACGACAGCCCCUGCUCCAACGGCUAUGUCUACAUCCCCCUGGCCUUCCUGCUCAUGCUGUAUGCGGUGUACUUGGUGGAGUGUUGGCACUGCCAAGCCCGCCAUGAGCUGCAGCACCGGGUGGAUGUGAGCAGUGUUCGGGAGCGCGUGGGCCGCAUGCAGCAGGCCACGCCCUGCAUCUGGUGGAAGGCCAUCAGCUACCACUAUGUGCGAAGGACUCGCCAGGUCACCCGGUACCGCAACGGAGAUGCCUACACUACCACCCAGGUCUAUCACGAGCGUGUCAACACACACGUGGCGGAGGCCGAGUUCGACUACGCGCGCUGUGGCGUCCGGGACGUGUCCAAGGCGCUGGUGGGGCUGGAGGGCGCGCCGGCCACUCGGCUUCGCUUCACCAAGUGUUUCAGCUUCGCCAGCGUGGAGGCGGAGAACGCUUACCUGUGCCAGCGCGCGCGCUUCUUCGCCGAGAACGAGGGCUUGGAUGACUACAUGGAGGCGCGAGAGGGCAUGCAUCUCAAGAACGUGGACUUCCGCGAGUUCAUGGUGGCCUUCCCCGACCCGGCCCGGCCACCCUGGUACGCCUGUUCGUCGGCCUUCUGGGCCGCAGCGCUGCUCACGCUGUCGUGGCCGCUGCGCGUGCUGGCCGAGUACCGCACAGCGUACGCGCACUACCACGUGGAGAAGCUCUUCGGCCUGGAGGGGCCAGGCUCAGCCAGCAGCGCAGGCGGUGGCCUGAGUCCCAGCGACGAGCUGCUGCCCCCGCUCACUCAUCGCCUGCCGCGGGUCAACACGGUGGACAGCACCGAGCUCGAGUGGCACAUCCGUUCCAAUCAGCAGCUGGUACCCAGCUACUCGGAAGCGGUGCUCAUGGACCUAGCUGGGCUGGGCGCGCGCUGCGGCGGGGCAGGGGGCGGUGGCUACGCGCCCACGUGUCGCUACGGCGGGGUGGGUGGCCCGGGCGCGGCGGGCGUGGCCCCGUACCGGCGAAGCUGCGAGCACUGUCAGCGAGCUGUCAGCAGCUCGUCCAUCUUCUCCCGCAGCGCGCUGAGUAUCUGCGCCAGCCCGCGGGCCGGCCAGGGGCCCGGAGCCAGUGCUGGGUGCGGGGGCAGUCGCUUCUCGCUCGGUCGCCUCUAUGGCUCCCGGCGCAGCUGCCUGUGGCGCAGCCGGAGCGGGAGCGUCAACGAGGCGAGCUGCCCCACGGAGCAGACGCGUCUGUCGAGCCAGGCCAGCAUGCGGGACGACGAGGACGAGGACGACGAGGAGGAAGCCGGGCCACCGCCGCCCUACCACGAUGCCCUCUACUUCCCUGUCCUCAUCGUCCAUCGUCAGGAGGGGUGUCUGGGCCACAGUCACCGGCCACUGCACCGCCAUGGCUCCUGCGUGGAGACCUCACUGUGACCUUCCGCUCCUGGAGGGGGCCUG